AUGGAUUGUUUGUCUACUACUGUUGAGAGGAGCAACAGGAAACAAGUUCGUUUUGUGUCACCAUUAAUUAGCCAUCGCCAAGUUUCAUCAUUACCUUCACCUCCGCCAACACCUCUUUUGUCUCCUGUACUUACUCCUCCACCAUCUCCUUCAUUGAAUCAACAUACUUUUAGGCAUUCAUUAAAAGACAACAAUAGUUCUAUUCAUCAUAGGAAUUUAAUAACUUCAUCUAGAUCGUUAACAUGUUCUCCACAAAGAGGAAUUUGUAAAGAGACUUUAGAGCAAUUACCUCAACAACGUUCUUUAGCCUUGCGUUUGGUCCAAACAUUAAUUAAACAUUCCUAUAGUUCCGAUUCUUUACAACAAGCAUCAAAAACAUCAACAACACAAACAAAAUUUUAUCGUUCAAAAUUACCUUCAAAACAACCUUCUUUGCCAACUUCAUUUUCAUUAAAUUCAAUUUCUUCAUCUUCAAAUUCAGCAAUUUACCAACUUAUUUGGAGAGAUGAAAGACAACGCUCUUUUGAUGAAUUAAAAGGAAAAUUAGGCAACCACCACCACCACCGCUCUUCUUCUUCUUCGUCCUAUCCUUCCAGACGCCGUUGUAACUUUCGUCCCGAGGGCGUGGUCUUCCAUAAUUCUGUUGGUGGGCCUUCUCUUUUAAACUCUUCUUCUCCUCAAACCUUUUCUUCCACCACCACCACAAACUCCUCUUCUCUUCGUUUAGCUAAUACCACCACCACCCCCAGCACCACCACCACCACUACCUUUCAUGGCAGCAGCACUCUUGGUGGUUGUGGUGUCAAUAUCUGCUACCGAGCGUCUGCCGUAGAGGAAACUACUAAAAGAAAAAAGGAAAAAAAGCGCCCUCCUCCUCCACUCUUCUGCCAUUUCCACAAACCAGUGGAGCACCAAAAAUUUUCUUCUUCUCUUUUUCAAUCUAGUCAAAAAAGAAUUUUUUGUUGGCCACCACCUAUAUUAGCUGGUCAAGUGAUUUUAUUUAAACAACAAAAACAACGACGUUUACCAAAUAGUUAUACAUUUCCUCCACCUGUAAUAAUGAAUGCUUCUCCUUCACAUCAACAGCAACAACAACAAGCUUAUAAUGAAUUGGAAGAUUUUGAUGAAGAUUUUGUUCCUCGUUCUUCAAAUACUGCUAGAGAAAAUUAUAGGGUUACUUUUACUUUUUUUAAAUAA